CAAAUGCUCGAGUGAUAAAGCAAUCCAAUUUCCAAGACAUCUCGGCCACCUGGAGAACCUGGUUGGAAAAGGAGCUUUGGAAAAGAGGGAAAUUGACUCUGAUGACGACAACUAUCUGGCUAGGCCUUUUAAGGGGGGGGAAGCCUCCAGCAAGCAGCCCAUCUGUGGAUGCAUCCCAUCAGGAACAGCAGAGGGCUCCUCCUGUUGCCAAUAUUCUAAACAACAAUGCCAAAACUGUUGGUAUUAACUAUGAAGAGAUGGAUUGCUUAAUAAAUGAUGACUACAAUAAAGGCAGGAAGGAAGGCAAUGAAGUUUAUCUGCCCUUCAGCUGGAUUGAGAAGUAUUUUGAAGUUUAUGGAAAGAUUGCCCAGUAUGACGGUUAUGAUCGGUUUGAGUUUUCCCACAGUUAUUCAAAGUAUACACUCCACGGAGGGUACUUACCGGCCAGAUGGGUAUUCAUGUCAUUUGAAGGCUACAAUGUGGAAGUCCGAGACCGUGUGAAGUGCAUCAGUGGCAUUGAAGGUGUUCCUUUGUCCACUCAGUGGGGUCCACAAGGUUAUUUCUAUCCUAUUCAGAUAGCACAAUAUGGGCUAAGUCACUACAGUAAAAACCUCACUGAGAAGCCUCCACAUGCCGAAGUCUAUGAAGUCACAGAGAAAAAGGAUAAAAGCACAAAGCAAAAUGACUGGAUGGUGCCAAAAGGUUGUAGCGUUUCUACAGUCUUUGACAAAACAAGAUCCAGCAAUGUAAACCAGUUCUCUGCCCCAGAAUCUUCAGAAGGAGUUUCUCUGAUGCUUGGAAAUACAAAAGAUUUCAUUAUUUCAUUUAAGAUUAAAUUCUUAACAAAUGGGAGUGUUUCGGUGGUGCUGGAGACAACUGAAAAGAACCAGCUGUUUACAAUUCACUAUGUCACAAAUACACAACUCAUAGCCUUCAAAGACAAAGACAUUUACUACGGCAUAGGUCCACGGACUAGCUGGAGUACCAUUACUAGAGAUCUGGUAACUGACCUGAAGAAAGGGGUUGGCUUGUCCAAUACCAAGGCUGUAAAACAGACUAAAAUAAUGCCCAAGAAAGUCAUAAAACUGGUUGCCAAGGGAAAAGGCUUUAUUGACAACAUCACAAUAGCAACUACGGCACACAUGCCUGCCUUCUUUGCUGCCAGUGACUGGCUGGUAAGAAAUCAGGAUGAGAAAGGUGGCUGGCCAAUUAUGGUAACACGCAAACUAGGUGAGGGUUUUAAGUCUUUGGAGCCUGGCUGGUAUUCGGCCAUGGCACAAGGUCAAGCCAUGUCUACACUUGUAAGGGCCUAUCUGCUUACAAAGGAACAGGUGUACCUCAAUUCAGCCUUACGGGCAGUCAUGCCCUUUACUCUCAAGUCAGAGGAUCAUGGGGUAAAAGCUGUGUUUAUGAAUAAGUAUGACUGGUAUGAAGAAUACCCAACUGUUCCCAGCUCUUUUGUUCUGAAUGGCUUCAUAUACUCUCUAUUAGGUCUAUAUGAUCUGAAAGAAACUGCAGGUGAGAAACUAGGACAAGAAGCUAAGAAACUCUAUGAUCAAGGCAUGGAAUCUUUGAAAGCCAUGCUUCCAUUGUUUGACACUGGCUCAGGUACAAUCUAUGAUCUCCGCCAUUUCAUGCUUGGUACAGCUCCAAACUUGGCGCGCUGGGACUAUCACACCACCCACAUCAACCAGCUACAAUUGCUGAGCACAGUCGAUGAUGCACCUAUCUUUAAGGAAUUUGUUAAAAGAUGGAAGUCCUAUUUAAAAGGAGGGAGGGCUAAGCACAACUAGAGCUGAAAGCCAAAUUAUAAUCUUGUGAAUCAAUCAUUAUAAUAUAUGAGGAGGUUCCUUAAUUUAAACAUUUUUCUAAGCAUACAAACAGUACAUUUUGUAUCCCUGCCACCCUCUUAAUGGCACACUUUUAAGAGUGUAACACUCUGUAAUUCUAUUUAAAAAAAAAUCAAAUGGUUUGUGAAGCAAUAUCUCUGACUAAGCAUCGUUUUGGUUGUAUUUGCCUUUUCUCUUGGGGGACACUGUCAUUAAUCGAAUUUUCAAUUCCACAUGCUGAUUCAUCUCGCUACCACCUUCAAGCCUUUUCUAACAAUACAAUCAUGUGAAUGGCACUUGCUGAUUUUUCAGCUGUGCCCUUUCAUUUCUGCCUGCUGUUAUUUUUAUUAUUUUUUCUCCCUAGAUUUUGUUUUUUGCUGCCACUUGAUUAUAUUAAAUCAUGUACCUUUUCAAUAGUAGAAUAAAUAAUUUUACUUUUUUUUAAAAAAAAGAAUGUCAGCAUCUAUUUGGUAUUCCUAGUAUGGCAGCAGUCUCAACAUCUGCACUCAGCAACCCUGUACCCUUAUCAUUCUUCCAGUCUCCAAAAUCCCAACUAAUUUGCUGAUUUCUCUGCAUAAAGAAAUGUUGAAAAUUGUGAUUAACCCCUAAGGUGGUUUUGUGGGCAUGCUGUUGUUUUGUUUUCUGUUUGGGGAUGAGGCUAUUCUUUUAAAAAUUAGGAACUAGCACGAACUUUAUAAAAUUCAUUCAUUGUGUUCACCUGUAACUAGCACAGAAUAUUUUUCCAUUGUAUGUUUUAAAAAUUCAUUUGAAGCUUAUUGCUCAUUUAGCUUUUGAUGCACAUGGCAAAGCACAACAGAAUAAAAAAUUGAUUAAAACUGUAACUGCACCAAAUAUAGUAAUAUAUGUAUAGUGGAUUCCGUCAUACAGUGCAAGGGAUGGGUUUGGUUUCCAAUGGAAUUGGACUGUUCCACGUGGUGCCAUUUUCACCCUUUUGCCUUGCCACUAUUUUUAUCCCACCCCUUUCAUUCGUGAAUAAGCCUGUUUCUAUUUGUGGCCGAUUUUGCGUGAUGCAUAGCAUCCUAGGAUGAGGGUACAUCGUAGUAAUAACUGUCUAAUUUUGCUUAUUUGGCUUUUUAAAAAAUUUUUGUUUGAUUGCAAUUUGUCCUCAUAAUUCGAGCAUUGCUUCCCUCCCACCCCUCAAUGUCCGUUGUAAAUAUUACAGGAAUCUUGUUUAUUGGUGUGUUGAUUUAAGGAAUAGAAUCUAGUUCACUUUGUCAUUUGAUUAUUCCCUUGGUUUAAAAACAAAAAACGCACCAGAGUAAGCGGCAUAAGGAGUUUGGUUAUUGACACUAAAUGUGUCCCUUUCAUUUGUUUUGAUGAAUGAUUAUGGGCCUAAAGUGGCAAUUGACUAUUUUCAUAGAUGCUGACUGACCUUUUUUGUAUGUCUAAUUUAUUAUGGUUGUAUUUCUGAUUUGCAUAAUUGUUCUAUUUUGAUUUUUAUUUCAAAUCCUGAACUGAUUGACUAUCAAACAAUUUGGGAAUGGAAGGAGUGGUUUAAGCUAUAUUGUUACUGUAUUUUUAAAGUGUGCAUUCAACAAUAAAAUCACCAGCCCAGAAAUGGAUUUGAAUGCUGAAAUCAUUUGAACAAUAUUUUCAGAACUACUUUAUUUGCCAGAGUGUAUCCUCAAUCCAAAAUGAAGGACUUUUUUUGGUGUUUGUCAUCUUUCUCAAAUUGAUUCAAAAUAGUUACUGGGGAGUGAGGAGAGGGGUCAUCUAAGAUAUUUACCACAUUGAUUGUAAAUAUGUUGCUUGGUGACUUUUUAAAUCUAAUUUUUAAAUAUCUACUUUGCAUAUGUGGGACCAAAUUGAUGUUUGAUAUUAUGAGCAUUGACAUAUAGAAUAAUUGCCACAAUGUUGACAAGGCCACUUGAUUCAUCAUUGAGGUGAUUUACAUCUUUCAGCUUGCCUAAAAUUUUGUUAAUCCUAUUUUUUGUUAACUACAAAGGAGGAGACAUUAUAAAAUUUGAUUAGUACUGUUCCUAAGUAAUUAACCAAAUAACUAUAGUUGAUCCAAGUUUGUGAAUCAACAUUCAAGAUUCUGCUUGGUUAAUAAUGGAGUUAUGAGAAAAUUAAACUAUUUUCCCGCCCCUCCCCUCCUCUCCUCUCCCCUCCCCUCCCCCUUUGUUUGUUGUGCCUGUGCCUGCUUGUCUAACCUUAGUGCUAAGUAUGGAGUGGCCAAAAAUACUAGAACUGAUGCUGGUAAGGCCUGUCUGCAAUAUUCACUUCUUGGAUCUAAUUAUUUAGAAAGGAAAACAUACAGAAGAGUAUUUAUUUGCAGAUUAUGGUUUUGAUAGCACAUUGUCCAAUAGUGUGCGGUUUUUUUCUCAGACGCUGAUACCUAGUUGAUCUUGAUGCAUGGUAUAUAUCUAUAUGAGAAGUGUUCAUUUUGGCAAUUUGAUGGAGAUAAAGUAUUAAUGGGAAGUAUUUCCAAUGUAUUUGUUAUCCAGCCUUUUCUGUUGCUGAAAGGUUUUUAUAUGCAAUAUUAUGUUUUUUUUCUCUCUCCCUCUUCUUCCCACCCUUCAAAAAUUAUCAUGGUUUGGUUCCUUUUUGCAAAGCAUUUCCUAGUGGUUUCAUGGUUUUAUAUCAAAAGUGUAUUGCUCUCUGUUUAUUUUCUUUGCAUUGUGGGAUUCUGUAUUAUAGCUCAAAAUCAUCUUCUCUUCAGAUUUUGUGUUGUGAAUACCAAAGCAUUUAAAAAAAAAUCCUUACACACUUGAGCAGGUUUUCUUUUAACUUGUGAUAUUACACAUUUUUUCUGGUCAUUGGAUGCAUUAGAAUGUAAGUUGCAGGUGGGUAUAUGCAAAUAGAUGUCACAUGAGUGCAGUAGUAACUUUGUGCCGAUGUACCCUGUCUGGACAAUGCGCAGGACUUUCACGGAAAGCUGCUAUUUUCAUUCACACUGUAUUUUUGAUCAUUUUAACUUGUAUUUUUACAUGUGGAUUUGAACCAUAUGUUGGAUAUGCAAUAACUUGUUUACUAAACACUGUUGCCUGUUGACAGGGUGAGGACAGUGUAGAGCUGUACCAAUUUGCAUUUGUUAAGCACAAUGUGCACACAGUAGUACAGCAUUGCUAUUUUGUACACGGCAAGAAUUCAUAAUUUUUCAAAUAAAGUGACUAUAUACUACGUUUAUAUAAAAAUAUUGAUUGGAUCAAUCUUUGCUGUGCUGAGUAUCUUUGCUUAUUGGAAUUGUACAAUAAAACAUUUUCUAAAAAGGGA